GUGAGGCAGGAUAGAAGAAGUCGUUUGGCAACAUCAACAAGAGGAGACAUGUCUGUGAUUUGUUCAUGCCUAUGCAGAAGGAUCUAAUAACCAUGGCAUCUCAACCACCCUGUCCGCCUCUGAGGGAAUUCUGCCCUCUUUACUACCUGCUCAACUCCAUCCCUGCAAAAGUUCAGAAAGGCUUCCGCUCCAUCCUCGUCUAUCUCACAGCUCUGGACAGUAACAGUGACUACAUCGCGGUGGGCAGCAGCAUCGGCAUGCUCUACCUUUACUGCAGGAGAGUAAACCAGAUGAAUAAGUACAACUUGGAGGGGAAACGUGAGGCGAUUACAGUAGUGAAGCUGCUGAGCUGCUUUGAUGACCUAGUGGCUGUCGGUACGGCUUCAGGCCGAGUUGCUCUCUUUCAGCUGGUUUCGCAGCUUCCAGGCAGAAAUAAACAGUUGAGACGCUUUGACGUAGUCGGCCUACACAAGAGCACAGUGACGACGUUAGCAUGGAGUGCUAAUGGCAUGAAACUCUUCUCUGGUGAUGAUAAAGGGAAAGUGGUUUAUUCUGCUGUGGAUCUGGACCAGGGUGUGUGCAACCCAGUGGUGCUGUUAGAAGAGCCGUCAGCUAUAGUUCAGCUGGAAUACAAUCAGAAAGUGCUUCUUAUUUCUACCUGUCAGCGCUCUCUCGUGUUUAACACCCAAGAACAAUCUCUCCAGCAGCUGGGCACCAAACCCAGAAAAAGCAAUGGCAAGUUUGGUGCCUGUUUUCAACCUGCUCUGUGCAAGCAGAGUGAUCUUCUGGUGUACGCGGCACGGCCGGGCCUUCGUCUCUGGAGAACAGAUGUGCGUGGACGCGUACAAGAGACGCAUGUACUCAAGCCGCUUUUCAACCAGGAUGUGCCUCAGUUCGAGCUCUUCCCUCGCUCAAGCCCCACCAGCGCAUUCCGGCCCACUGACAGGCAGCUUGGGCUCGUCACCUGCUUCCUCAAAGAGGGCUGGGUGCUCAGCUGGAACGAGUACAGCGUGUAUAUAGUGGACUGUACAAACCAGGUCAUUGUUGGUGGAAUGGAAAGCUGUGGAGACAUAGUGUCUGUGUCUUGCACAGAAAAUGAGAUCUUCAUUUUGAAAGGAGACAGAGACAUUAUGCGGAUCUCCAACUGCCCAGAGGGAUUGGUCUCCAAUAUGUCAGAUCUGUCCUAUCGCCUAACCUCCCCUCUCUCCACCCCGACCGUUUUGCUCCCUGCAAAUGGAGCAGUGGAAACAGCUCAGCCGAUCAGGACCGUAGCUAUCAUUGCAGAACCAGAAGAUCAGCCCAAAGCAGAAGAGUCUGAGGAAGCACAGGAGGAGUGCAAAGAGGCACAGGAAGAAUUCAGCCAGGCGAUGGAAGCGCUAGAGGUGGCAGAGGAGGUCGAGGGCCAGAAAAAGGCAUCAGCAGACACACAAAGCCGCAGUAGCUCCAUCACUUCAUGGGAGAGCACACAAGGAACUUCAGAGAUGUCGUCCAGCCGCUACAGCACUAUUACACAAGAGGACUUUCAGCAGGAGCUAGUUGUCAAACCUGUCAAAUUGAAGAGGAAAGGCAAGAGGAUAAGAAAUGAGAGUGGGAACUGUGUGAACGAGCACAGCAGCUGGUCAGAGAGCAUGUACAGUCAGGAUGGCCUAAACAGUGAUGGCCUCCCAACGCCUGCCAGCGAACCCCCUUCAGAUCACACAAGCCUCAUGUGCAGCAGCCUGGACCUUCAGAGCAACGACUCGCCAGAACACGAGGGCUCUGUUUAUAUAGAGUCACUCAACACUGAAACAUUUUUAAUGCAGAACAUUUCAGAUAAACCCCAGAUUCAGGAUCAGGAGAGCAGUGUGUCUUUUCUGACCAAAGAAGCUCAGCUCUCAUGUCCCACAUCCCUCUGUCUUCAAGACACAAACUGCCAGGUUUACAGUGAUGCUGCCAAAACUGGAGAACGCAAGGAGCAAACAACAAGCACGCCAGAUGUAGACAUGCUGUUGGAGUGCACUUUCUCCUACAUGCAUGCAGCUAAUGAGAAGCCAGACAUGGAGGAGCCAUGUGAAAUCCAUGAUCCAGAGCUUCAGUCCAAAGAUGAUUCAGAAAGGACCUUUGAUUCGGAUUUACCAUACUAUUCCAUCAGGCCACUUCCCUAUUCGCCAGAGCCGGAGCCGGAGCUGUCACCCUCCAGUGACGAGGAGGACAUAUAUGCACAUGGAAUACUGUCAAGUGCCAGUCAGGGGGAUGGCCUCGGUAAUGCCGGCCUGCAGGUAUCUACACUGAAUCAGACAGAGCAGGAAGAUAUGCGACACAAGACAGACCAGUUUGCCGAGAGCUGGAUGGGUUACAGUGGGCCAGGCUGUGGCAUCCUCGGCCUGGUAGUGACUGAGCGACAUAUCUGGUGCCUGGACUUUAAAGGAGUCCUGUACUGCAGCAGCCUCACCAACGGCAGCCUGAACUGGCAGAAAUAUGAAGAGAAUGUCCAGCAGGUGGCAUUGUCUCCUUCCGGCUCAUUGCUGUGGAAGGUGGAACAGAAGUCUAUGACAGCCUAUGCCUGUGGUAAAGUGACAAUCAAGGGGAAACGGCACUGGUACAAAGCCCUGGACGAGACUUCGUUUGUAGCAUUGAGUGAUGACACAGCCUGGAUCAUACGCACCAGCGGAGAUCUUUAUCUUCAGACAGGGCUGAGCAUGGACCGGCCGUGUGCACGCUCGGUGAAGGUGGACUGCCCAUGUCCCAUGGCACAGAUAGCAGCACGGGGCAGCAUGGUAUGGGCACUGAGUGAGCAGAGAGUUCUCUUCUACAGAGAGGGACUCAGCAGCUACUGUGCAGAGGGCGAACAGUGGAAAUACGACAAAGUCAGUGAAAUUCAGCGUCUAGAGCCUAUAUGCAUUGCUCUGGGUGAGAACAACACACUGUGGGCUUUGGACACCAGUGGUAGCCUUUGGUUCAGAACUGGGAUCACGGCAAAGAAACCCCAGGGUGAAGACGAGCACUGGUGGCAGGUGAGCAUCACAGAUUAUGUAGUGUUCGAGCAGGGUGGCCUCUUCCAGACAUUGAUUCAGGCCACGCAGAGUGUCGCCACAGCUACCAAGGCUCCUGUGGAGCGGGUUGCCGAGCGUUUGCGCGUGGCAUUCCUCUGGCAGCAGUCUCAGUGUCACCCAAGUCUGGUCAGUGCCAAUCGAAGUGGAGUGUGGAUUGCCUCAGGUCGCAACGACUUCCACGUGGCCAAAGGCAGUCUUAUUGGGACAUAUUGGAGAACUGUUGCACCCAGAGGCCUCGCAUCUGCAACUAAGUGGGCAUUUGUAUUUUCCUCAGCAGUUCCAGCCAAAGAGGGGAGUUUUCUUUGGCUGGGUCAGAGCAGGAAAGACUUGUUCUGCAUUUGGGACCAGGAUCUGCAGAUGCGUCCACUUACUGUCCAGCUGCCUGCAGAUGUGGAGAUUGUGCAGCUGUCAGCCUGCAGAGAUGCUCUGUGUCUGGAUCAGCAUGGGCGUGUCCACAUUCGCACACUCACAGCCAACUGCCCCACUGGUCUCCACUGGACACCUCUUGACCUCAGCCAGCUUGGACAUGUGAGGCUUCUGAGUUUUUCCUGUGGAAGUCAGAAUGUGUGGGCAUGCGACGCCAAUGGUAUGGUGUAUUUCAGAGUGGGAACACAACCGCUAAACCCCAGCAUGAUGCUUCCAGCCUGGAUCUGCAUCGAUCCACCUGAGCAGCCUAUGGGUGUGCACUUAGUACGCGUUCAGACCAAUCCAAACGACCGCAUGCUGUGGGCUCUGGACAGCCGCUGUAACGUACAUGUGCGCAUUGGCAUCACAGAGGAGAUGCCAGUGGGGACGGCCUGGGAGCACAUUCCUGGACUCCAGGCUAGUCAGUUAGUUCUCAGCACAAGAACUGCAUGGGUGCGCUGUCCCAAUGGUGAGAUGGCUCGGCGAUAUGGGAUUUCAGAAAAGAACCCAGCUGGAGACUACUGGAAGAAGGUGCCAGGUGUGAUCAACUGGCUAACGGUGACUCCCAUGGAUGAGGUCUGGGCCGUUACCCCAAAUGGUGCCCUGACCCAGCGGCUCACCAAGACCCUGCCGCACAGCGCCGGAAGAAAUCGCGCCAACACAGGCUCUCUCAGUGGUGAAGAACUCGAAGAGGAGUGGGAGACACCUCUGAAAUAUUAUGCAAAUGAAAUAUGCACAAUGCUGUCGGUGAAAAAUGAAAUGGGAACACUAGCACUCAUUAUAGAGCACUGAUGUUAUGCUGUAUGGUAUAUUAUCACUAAUCACACGCUUAAUACAUUGAUGUCAUUGCUUUAUGGUGUCUAUAUCAACUUCCAGGAUUAAAAAGAUGUUUACCAAAA